UAAGCUGUUAAUCAUUUCCCAAUUCUCUUGCAAAAUGUUGGAACUACCAUUACUCAAAAUGUCAUUUCGUUUUACCAAAUUCGAUUUGAGGCAUCUUCGUUACUUUGCUGAGAACCUGCACCCGGAGCUACUAGGUGGUGCGGUUGCUCUUGUCGCCGUUGGCCUCACCGCUGCUUAUUUUUAUCAUCGGUUAACCAAAGUUCCCAAAAAAUGCCUGGACCCCAACAACUUCAAAGAAUUUGAACUUAUAAAGAAGACCCAACUCAGCCACAACGCAGCAAGAUUCAAAUUCGCCCUUCCAACUCCUACAUCGGUGUUGGGCCUUCCAGUCGGAAAAAAUAUUCUUGCCAGGGGAAGAGAUAGCAGCGGAGCGGAGGUUAUGAAAUCAUACACUCCAAUCACGUUGGAUUCGGAUGUUGGCUACUUUGAAUUAGUUGUUAAGAUGUACCCAAAUGGAAAGAUGUCCCACCAUUUUAGACAAAUGAAAGUUGGAGACAAGUUGGCUGUGAAGGGCCCCAAGGGGCGCUUCAGUUACAAGCCUGGUCAAGUUCGGGCAUUUGGAAUGAUUGCUGGAGGUACAGGCAUCACCCCAAUGUUUCAGAUCACAAGGGCCAUUCUAGAAAACCCCAAGGAUAAAACAAAGAUUUCCCUUUUAUAUGCCAAUGUGACGGUGGACGAUAUUCUCUUAAAGGAAGAACUAGAUAAUUUUGCCAGCAAAUAUCCAAGUCAAUUCAAAGUCUAUUAUGUUCUUAAUAAGCCCCCUAAUGAGUGGAAUGGUGGCGUUGGGUACAUAACUAAGGAUAUGAUUCAAACCCAUUGUCCUGCACCAGCAAGAGAUAUCCAGAUAUUGAUGUGCGGUCCACAACCCAUGAAUAACACAAUGACAAGUUAUCUUAAUGAACUUGGCUACACAUCAAAGAUGCAAUUCGUGUUCUAGCACAUGUACUUUAAAAUUGCAUAUGUAUAUUUUCGAUUUUUCGUUUUGAAAAAGAAGAACUGAGACAAAAAAUAAGAGACAUGAAUUUUGAGAUAGAAAAAUUGUACUUUUAUUAUUGUCUUUACAACCACAUAAAAUUGUAUCUACUUUUCUAUGUUUCAAAAGACAUUGUUCAAAUGCAACCCAA